ACCGCCCGUUCUGCCAGCGGUUUGUUGCUCUUCCUAUUCCUCAGCCGCCGCCGGAAUAGCACCGCCAAGCAUGUCCGGCGACACGCUCAGAGUAGCCGAGCUCCCGGGCCGCGGCCGCGCGCUCCUCGCCGCCCGCGACAUCCUCGAGGGCGAGGUGCUCCUGUCGGAAUCGCCCAUCCUCCUCUACCCGUCCUCGCUCGCCUCCCUCUCCUCCUACUGCUCCGCCUGCUUCCGCUCGCUCCCGCCGCCGCCCCACACCCCCUGCCCAUCCUGCCGCGCCGCCGCCUUCUGCUCCCCUGCCUGCGCCGCCGCCUCCCACCCGCGCCUCCUCUGCGCCGCGCUCUCCAGCGGCCUCGCCGCCGCCCCCGAGGCGCACCAGGAGCCCCUCCUCUUCCUCCUCUCGGCCUACUCGCUCCAGGAGCCCUCUCUCAGCGCCAUACUCUCUCUCUCCUCGGCUCCGCAGGGUCCCUCCCCGAGCCAGCAGCAGGAAGCCGCGAGCCUCCACGCCGCGGUGGCGUCGGUGGCGCCGCCGCACAUGCUGCCCGCUGGCUUCUCUCUGGACCUCACGGCGGCCCUCCUCUCCAAGGACCGGACCAACAGCUUCUCCAUCCUGGAGCCGUACCGCCCCGACGUGCCGCUGGAGCUCCGCAAGGCGCGGUGCUGCGCGGUGUACCCGCGCGCCUCACUGCUCAACCACGACUGCCUGCCCAAUGCUUGCCACUUCGAUUAUGCCGACAGGCCGGGGCCAGGGAACACGGACAUGGUCGUGCGCGCUCUCCAUGGCAUAACAGAGGGGAAUGAGGUUUGCAUCAGCUACUUCGCGGCCAAUUGGAGGUACGCUGACCGGCAACGCAGGCUGCUGGAGGAUUAUGGGUUCCGGUGUGAGUGUGAUCGGUGCCAGAUUGAGAGCAAGUGGAAGUUGGAUGACGAUAAUGAUGGCGCUGAUGGGGAUGACACCAUGGAAGAUGAGGAGCAUGGGAAGGAGGAUGCUGAAGACGGUGGUGAUGAGGGGAUGGAGCAGGAAGAAGGGAGUGAUGACGACGACGAUGAUUUCCCGCAUGCCUUCUUCUUUGUGAGGUAUCUGUGUGAUCGGGAUGACUGCUACGGCAUGCUUGCGCCGCUGCCACCCUUACCAAACGGUGAGCUGUCCCAUGUAUUUGAGUGCAAUGCCUGUGGGCAACUGAAGAAGGAAGAAGACGAGGAUGAGCCUGAUGCUGGUGAUUGCAGCAUGGACCAGUAGGAUGUUUGGUGCUGUUUUGGGGGAUUACUUGGUGGAUGGUGAUGAAAUGGAUGCACUGCUCGGCCUUCUCCGUACUUUGGGGUUGUUUGCCUUAAAGGAAUUGUCUAAUGCGCUCCGUGCUUUGGGGUUGUUUGCCUUAAAGAACUGGUCUAAUGCGCCUGAAGUCAGGAAGAUGUAUGUUGUACUAAGUACAUGAUUUCGUUCACUGAAUGAGAUUUGUAGGCAGCCUUGCUUGGACCUGUACAAUUUUCAGUAUGCCUGUAUCUUUGGCGAUGUGAACCUGCUGCGGUGUGAGAAACUGAUUGUGCAAAGUCUACUGGUCGGUGUAUGAAUUAUGCCCCCUUUUUGUUUA